UUAAUGAGCUCCAAGAUGAAGCUUCUGAAGAUGAAGACCAUGGCUCAGUUUGACAGCAUGCAUGAAGGCUGCAGCUCAGACAAGAUCGCUGAGCUUAUUGCCUACUUUGAAGACCCUCUUCUAGGAGAGAAACCAGGACAUGACCCUGUUGACCGCAGCAAGGAUGACAAGGUGCCGAAGUUCUCUGUUCCAGGACAUGAGCGCCUCUCAUCUCUGCUGACUGAUCAGGAAACUACAGAAGAGCCUCAAGAUCCAGAAGAGGAGGAAGUGGCGAUUGUGUCCUUCAAGUCAAAGUACAUUCACAUCUGUCCCCUCUAUCAGGACUACUGUCUGCAGAACGUCAAAGAGGACCUCCAGAGACUAAACAACAAACGGUCACUGACUGAGCUGAUCGCCCCGCAGUACCUGCAGGGUCUUCAAUCCCGUCUGAACUUUCAACCAAGCUCACCUGAGCAGACUCUUCCACCUCCCGAUGGUCACGUGAUCAGAGUGUCGCCAUGCAUGCUGUGGCAGGACUUGGAGGAAGUGAAGGCUGCGGGUCUGCUGAGCCUCCUGACUCCUGGACAGGUCCGGCUUCAAGAGUGUAUGUUUGAGUUGAUUGGCUCUGAGGCGUCUUACCUGAGGAGUCUGGGCGUGGCCGUGGAUCACUUCUGCGCGUCCAAGGCCCUCCAACACACCUUGUCCCGGCUGGAGCAUCACACUUUGUUCUCCAACAUCCGUCACGUGAAGGCGGCCAGUGAGAAAUUUCUCAUGGACCUGGAGAUCCGCCUGGGGGAAAGUGUCUUCAUGUCCCAGCUAGGGGACAUCGUGCUGGAUCACUGCCCCUCCUUCCGUACUCGCUAUGUGCCUUACGUGACAAACAUGAUGUACCAGGAAGCUCUGGUCAAGCAUCUGCUGCAGCACAACCCGGACUUCGUGGGUACGCUCAAGCAGCUGGAAGACGAUCCGGUUUGCCAAAGACAAAAUCUUAAGUCUUUCCUCGUCCUUCCUUUCCAAAGAAUCACUCGCAUAAAACUCAUCCUGCAGAGUAUUCUUAAACUGACGGAAGAAAAGUCGGAGAGUUUGUUCUAUCUUGAGAAAGCGAAGGAGGCCAUCCAUGAGAUAGUGAAGGAGUGUGAUGAGGGCAUCCAAAAAAUGAAGUUCAUCGAGCAGCUGGUCGCCUUGGAGAUGCUGCUGGAUUUUGGCCAACUGAAGGCCGUUCCUCUGGUGGUAAGUGGCCGGUUUUUGGUGCACGAUGGUCCUCUGAACCAGCUGACCGUGGAGAGCAGCUACCAGACGACGAGAACAUCGCUUACCAGCAUCCACCUUCAUCUCUUCAAUGAUCUUUUGAUCAUCUCCUCCAAAAGGGAGCAGCACUUCCUGGUGAAGGACCACGCAGAGUUCCCCUCACACGUGCACAUGGUGCUGCUGAAGACGGAAGCUGUGGGUUUGCCACCGAACUCCUUCGUGCUGCGUCUUUCACGCGGACAAAGUGGACGUCCGACGGCCAUGAUACUGGUGGCACACAGCAGGUCAGACAUGGAGCAGUGGAUGAAGGUGCUGCUGCAUUCAUUGCAAUGAACAUUUAAAAUAUUGUAGAUCAUGUUAUCACUUUUCACUCUGCACAACUUGUCACUGAUUCUCACACGUUCAAGACACUUAUCACAUCUUUUUACCAUUUUAAUAAAGCACUUUAACAUUU